AUGGAAUUGGAUGAAUGCCUGGAGCUGCUUUACCAGGGAAGGCUGUUGCCGGAGGUUACAGUGAGAGCGCUGUGUUUCAAACUGAAAGAGAUGCUGGUGAAAGAGUCGAAUGUAGUGCAUAUCAGCACGCCGGUUACUGUUGUUGGGGAUAUCCAUGGGCAAUUCCACGACUUGCUGGAGAUCUUCCAGAUAGGCGGAGCGGCUCCAGACACGAACUAUCUGUUUCUAGGCGAUUACGUGGACAGAGGACUGUACAGCGUCGAGACUAUAAUGUUGCUGGUGGUGCUGAAACUGCGAUAUCCACACCGGGUUCAUCUUUUGAGAGGCAACCACGAGUCGCGGCAGAUCACACAGAGUUACGGGUUCUACACAGAGUGUCUGAACAAGUACGGCGAUGGAUCGAAGGUGUGGCACUACCUGACGGAUCUGUUUGACUAUCUCGUGCUGUGCUGCAUAAUAGACAACGAGCUGUUUUGCGUUCAUGGAGGGCUCUCGCCGAACGUGCAGACCAUCGACCAGAUCAAGAUCAUAGACCGCUAUCGCGAGAUCCCGCACGACGGGGCGAUGGCGGACCUGGUGUGGUCGGAUCCGGAGGAGAUCAAUGCGGGCAGCAUGGACCACCGCGAGGAGUUCUACCGCGAGUCGUCGCAGCACUUCCAGGUAUCGCCGCGCGGAGCCGGUUACACGUUUGGCCGUUGCGUGGUCGAGAAGUUUCUGCAUUCCAACAACAUGAGCCGAAUAUACAGGGCGCACCAGCUGUGCAAUGAGGGUUACCAGGUCUACUUCGACGGCCUGGUCACCACCGUGUGGUCUGCCCCCAACUACUGUUACAGAUGCGGCAACAAGGCCUCGAUCCUAGAGUUGUACUCAACAAACGAGUUCUACUUCAACGUCUUCGAUGAAGCACCCGAAAACAAGCUGUUGAACGAAACCGUCAACCCAUCCGCGACCAAUCUCAAAGCCAUUAGUGAAUAUUUCAAAGAGCCCGUCUCCGACCCACUGCAGCCCGAGUCCUCAGAGCCCGAUGUGUUCUCAGACGCCUACCAGGCACGUUCAGCCUCAUCCCGACGCGUCGAGUAUUUCCUGUGA